AUGGAGUCUCAGGGACAGUGGAAUCCUCUUCUAUCAUUUUCAAGGUUUAUCAAUCACCACCGUAACCACCUUGCAACUCGUUUCGAAGACACCAAGCGUCUCGCCGGAACCCUAAUUCAAUCUCACACUCGCACCCAACCAGCCUUCGCCGCUACUCUGACUCCCAACCACGUCGCCAAGUCCCUCUCCGGCACUUCCGUUUACACCGUCAGCAAUUCCGACAAUGAGUUUGUUCUUAUGUCUGACGCCGAAGGUGCUAAGUCCAUUGGAUUGCUUUGCUUUCGCCAAGAAGACGCUGAAGCAUUCCUUGCUCAGGUUCAAUUGCGGAAAAAGGAAUUUCGUGGCAACGCUAAGGUCGUUCCUAUAACACUUGACCAGGUAUACUUGUUGAAGGUUGAAGGUAUUGCAUUCCGAUUUUUACCUGAUCCAGUUCAAAUAAAGAAUGCACUUGAGCUCAGAACAGCCAACAAGAGAAGUUUUGACGGAGUUCCUGUUUUCCAGUCAGACCUUUUGGUUGUGAAAAAGAAGAACAAGCGUUAUUGCCCUGUGUAUUUUUCUAAGGAAGAUAUUGAACAUGAACUAUCUAAGGUUUCCAAGUCAUCUAAAGGUGUUGGAGUUUCUCAGCAUAUAAUGGUUGGUAGCUUCGAAGAUGUACUGAAAAAAAUGGAGUUGAGUGAAAAGAGUUCAGGGUGGGAGGAUUUGGUUUUUAUUCCCCCAGGGAAAAAGCAGUCUCAACAUAUACAAGAAGUUUUCGCUUAA